AUGCAGUCUCUCCUUAGAAAAGCAAGCGCCAAGUCUAGCGACAUGUUCAGAUUCACGGCCAUCAGGGUUCAAAUCGCGGGGUUUUCAACAUCAAGAACCCGACCGAUCUCAAGUUCUCCAAGAAAGCCAGGAUCCAUCGCCCAUAUCAGAAAUCCCUGGCCCCUUUCAGAGCAACAGAAGAAGAUCAUUGCAAAAAAUCCGCUCGGCGGUACUCUUGACAGCGUUCGCGAGAAACUGCGCGACUCUAACGAAGCCGACAAGACGCAUCGAAAAAAUAUCGCAGACCUUAUACAGGCGCUUUGCGGUUCUUCAGCGGGUUGUGAAAUUCUCAUUUCCGACGAAAAAGUUGUCGUUGACGACAAUACCAACGACAAUGCCAUUUGGGCUGCCGUCUUUUGCCUCCUCGACCCGCGCGCCACCAUCUCACAAACGCCUGUUGAUACCAACUCGAGUUGGGGCAUCCAGCUACCGCCGUUGACAAACAAGGACAAAGACCUAUGGGAAGAGAAAAUCUAUAACUGCCUCGUCAGCCCACCAGCCGGGCAUGUUAUCAGCAGGUUUCGUACAGUCAAGCAACUGCUAGAAUCGAUGCGAGAUGCAAUCAAGGCGCACCGAUAUCUCUACUUCACCCGCAAUAUUCUGCACCGCAAUAUCUCUCCAGACAAUAUUAUUAUAACGGACCCCAGUAUUACAAAUGGCCUCAAGGGCAUACUGAACAUAGCGGCCAAGGUUUAG